AUGGCAACUACAACAACAACCGGAGCUAUGGCAACUACCACAGGAUGUGGGACCGCAGCCCAAUACGAACUUCCCGUCAAAGACGCAUCGUGUGGAGUUCCCAACACCGACAAAUACAAGGGCCUCCUCUCAAAAUGUGCAAAGCCCGCAGGGGUAACUUCCUAUAACGACGACUGUGCCCUCUACUCUCUCGCCGUUGAUCAGUCAGUUCAAGAUCUUAUCGACUGCCUCUACGACGCUGGCGUGGCAUGGAAAGACGUGUGGUGCCAGGGAUCAGCCAAUGCCACUGCAACGGCGACCUCAUACCCGACUGCAUCGGAAACUGAAACUACAAAGUCAUCUGCCGAUAAGACAGGUUCAUCAACGGAGAGUGCAGCAACUAGUACCAGUACCAGCUCUGGGGCGGAUGUGUCUGUGCCCAAGACCCAUACCAGCUUGAAGGCUGUCAUGCUUCUUUCAACGCUGUUUGCCUCUGCUGUGUUCAUCGGGAUUUGA